AGAGAGGCUUUGGCUGCAAAAGAUGCUGCAUCAAAGCUCCCAGAUCUUGAGGUCGUUGACCAAGUCAUCAAGACCACGGCUGAACAGCUCGGCCGUUCCAACGUCCGGCGCGAAAAGUUCCUCAAUCUGCAGUACGCCAUACGCAAGACCGACUUACAGGUGCUAGGCAUGAUAGCCAUUUGGUGGCUGUCCCGUGGUGAGGCGGUCAUGCGCUUCUGUGAGGUCCUUCCCAUCUUGUUGUGGAUUUGGAAUGAGGAGGAGCACGCCCUCUUCAAGACAGCUACAAGCUUCAAGUUCCACUUCAUGUUGUACCUACUGGCUGAUGUGCUUUUCGUCCUCAACAAUCUCAGCAUGAAGUUCCAGGACCGCACAGUAGAUCUGACCACAGUCGCGGCUACGGUGGAUGAUGCAUGCUCUGCACUGAAACAGCGUUACGUGACGCCGGUUGGACGAUUCGGCGAAUUCAAGCAGAGCCGUCUAGCUCCGUUCUUGAAGAAGCACGCAAGCACCGAGAAGAGAGUCUUGGUGAUUGAGGGGGUGGAUGCCGAGGGUAACACGGUCAUGGACACAGUCCCUUUGCAUGAUGAACCCAUCGGAAAAGGUGCCUUGUACGGCACAUCUCCUGAGGAAUGCUAUGAUUUAGCCAAGGUGUUUGCUCAGGGGCUGAUUGAUGCACUCGAUAGUCGCCUGGACGACCUGAAAAUGGUCGACGGAGCUAAUCUAUUCCGCCCCAAAAAGUACCCAUUGCUGCAUACAGGGAAGAGGGAGAAGUACUGGUCCGACAACCUGGAUCUGCUGUUCAAGUUGUUUGACUAUAAGCUGCCAGGUGUGGGCAAGGAUGCAUGCGAUGCUGAUAUUGGGAUGUUGACCAACACUCUUCUCAAGCGCCACGAAAACUAAGGCUUCGCCCAAAGCUUGAAGAACAUCCUCAACACGAAUGAGUGGUCCUCAAGUUUCCCAUCGUUGGUCCAUCUGUGGAGGGCUAUUGCUGUGCUCCCUAUCAGCACGGUGGAAUUUGAAAGAUGUUUCUCAAGGCAAAACGUGAUCAAAAGUUGGGAUCGUACCUGCCUCUCUGACGUGAGAUUGGCGGAGUUGAUGGCGGUGAAGAUCCUCCACUAUGAGAUUGAUUGGGAUAGGGUGUACCACAUCUGGAGCAUCGCCAAGCCGAGAAGGCAGGCCAAUUUUUUAGGAGAUGAUUUGUAGGCGAGACAUUGGUUUAUGCUCGUUAAUACAUUUUUUCGUAGCUUUAUGUGUAAAACUUGGAAUACAUUAUCUAGAAAGAA